AUGUCAACUGCAACGGCAUUGGGUCAUUUGGGACCCAACGGGGCGCAGAACGAGCCGAGUCGGUUGGAGCACACGUCUGAAGAGUCCACAGCCGACGCCUACACCGAAGCAAAAGACACGCCAAAAUCGAUGGUGUCCCGACACCCCACGGUGCAGCAGCUCGCACGCGAAUUUACCCGCAACAGUUCCCCCGAUUCUAACGGCAAGCCGAUCUUCGGGAGCGACGACCCUGAUUCUCCCCUGAACCCGGCCGGCAACAGGUUCAACGCGCGCGAGUGGGCCAGAAAUGUGGCCAGUGUUGCUGAGGAGCAAGGCCUGGACUUCCGUCGAGUCGGCUUGUGUUUUCAGGACCUGAGUGUCUUUGGCUAUACCAGCGCGACGGACUUCCAAAAGACUGUCGCGAAUAUCUGGCUGGCCCUGCCGCGCAUGAUCUGUCGUCGUCUCCUGCCCAGCACCAGCACGUCGGGUCAAACACGAGUGGACAUCUUGCAACAGUUUGACGGCAUACUCCGUCCAGGCGAGAUGUGCGUGGUCCUGGGUCCUCCGGGGUCUGGUUGCUCGACCUUCCUCAAAGCCAUCUCGGGAGACCGGAAUGGCAUCUACGUCCACCGGAAUUCAUACUUUAACUAUCAAGGAAUCUCGGACAAGGAGAUGCACUCUGCGCAUCGAGGCGAUGCCAUCUAUACUGCCGAGGUCGAUGUUCACUUUCCCAUGUUGACGGUUGGCGAAACCUUGACAUUUGCCUCGUACGCACGCUGUCAGAGGGAGUUGCCAGAGGGCAUCACUCGCAAACAGUACUGCGAGCAUCUUCGUGAUGUCGUUAUGGCCAUGUACGGCAUCAGCCACACCAUCCAUACCAAGGUUGGAAACGAGUUCGUCCGCGGAGUUUCCGGAGGCGAACGCAAACGAGUCACAAUUGCGGAGGCGACGCUUUCCAACGCCCCUUUUCAGUGCUGGGACAACUCGACGCGCGGCCUGGAUGCGGCCAAUGCAGUUGAGUUCUGCAAGACCCUGCGGCUGCAGUCGGAAUUGUUUGGCCAAACCUGCGCGGUCUCGAUGUAUCAAGCACCCCAGAGCGCCUACGAUCUAUUCGACAAGACCCUGGUCAUUUACGAAGGGCGGCAGAUUUACUUUGGGCCUGCGUCCCGGGCCAAGGACUACUUUAUGAGACUGGGGUUUGAGCGUCCAGCUCGCCAAACCACGCCCGACUUUCUUACAUCCAUGGCCUUUCCAGCGGAACGAAUCGCUCGCCCUGGCUGCAACACACCGCGAACGGCGGACGAAUUCGCAGCUGCUUGGAGACGGAGCCCGGAAUACGAGGCUCUACAGCGUGAGAUUGAGGAUUACAAAGCUCAGCAUCCGAUUGACGGCCCGGACGCCCUGAUGUAUCGACAGCUCAAGAAAGCGCACCAGGCCAAGGUUCAGCGUUUGAACUCGCCAUAUACUUUGACGUACCCUCAGCAGGUCCGACAAUGUAUGUGGCGAGGCUGGAGACGAUUCUGGGCAGAUCCCGGCCCGUCGAUCUGGGUCAUGAUUGGGAACGUCAUCAUGGCGCUCAUCAUGUCGUCCUUGUUCUACAAUAUGGACCAGACGACGGCCUCUUUCUACGGCCGGGCUGUCGUUCUCUUCAUGGCUGUCUUGUUCAAUGCCUUCGCCUCCAUCCUCGAACUGAUGACAUUGUACGCGCAGCGGCCCAUUGUGGAAAAGCAGGCCCGCUACGCUUUUUACCACCCUUCGGCUGAAUCGUAUGCUUCUGUCUUGGUUGACUUGCCCAUGAAGAUUACUGGUACUGUUUCCUUCAACCUGGUGUUCUAUUUUAUGACAAACCUGAAUCGGCAUCCUGGGAACUUUUUCUUCUACCUGUUGGUGGUAUUUCUCAUUGUUCUGGCUAUGUCUGGGGUCUUCAGAUUCAUCGGCGCGGUGUCUCGAACAGAACAACAAGCUAUGGUGCCUGCGUCCAUCCUGAUGCUUGCUCUGCUCGUCUUUACAGGCUUCGUGGUCCCAAUCCGCUACAUGCUAUCGUGGUGCCGGUGGAUCAACUACCUGAACCCGGUGGCGUACGGCUACGAAGCGCUGAUGGUCAACGAGUACCACUCGCGCAACUUUACCUGUUCUUCCUACAUCCCAAGCUACGGAACGCCUGGUACGACCACCGUGGCCUGUGACGCUGUCGGCGCCGUGCCAGGUCAAUCCUACGUCAACGGCGAUGCGUACAUCAACUCAGCCUACAGCUACUACCGCAGCCAUCAGUGGCGCAACGUUGGCAUCAUCAUCGCCAUGGUGAUCUUCCACCAUAUUGUGUAUUUUGUGGCCAGCGAGUACGUCACGGCUAAGAAGUCCAAGGGUGAGAUCCUUGUCUUCCGCAGGGGGUUCGCCCCCAAACUGGCCAGUAAGCGCAGUCAGGAUGUCGAAGGAUCACCCUCCGGUCCAGUCACAGCUUUAUUGGAGAAGCCCGGCAAUGGCUACGAUUCCAGCACGGAGAAAGGCUUCCAGGGCUCCACGAAUGUGUUCCACUGGAGCAAUGUGUGCUACGACAUCAACAUCAAGGGGAAGCCUCGGCGCAUUCUGGAUAACGUGGAUGGCUGGGUGAAGCCUGGGACAUUGACGGCCCUGAUGGGCGUUUCGGGCGCUGGCAAGACCACGCUGUUGGACUGCCUUGCUGAUCGCCGCGCUGGCGUGGGUGUCCUCACCGGUGAGAUGUUGGUUGAUGGAAAACCCCGUGAUAUGAGCUUCCAGCGCAAGACCGGUUACGCGCAGCAGCAAGAUCUGCAUCUCGAGACGAGUACCGUCCGUGAGGCUCUAAAUUUCUCUGCUCUCCUUCGCCAGCCAGAGAGCGUCCCAAUGGCAGAAAAGCUGGCCUAUGUCGACAAAGUGAUCCAGCUGCUCGACAUGCAGGAGUAUGCCGAUGCGGUUGUGGGCGUUCCAGGUGACGGUCUCAACGUUGAGCAACGCAAGCGCCUGACGAUUGGCAUCGAACUGGCCGCUAAACCACCGCUACUGCUCUUUAUUGACGAACCCACGUCAGGCCUCGACUCCCAAACAAGCUGGGCUAUCCUCGACUUGCUGACCAGGCUGUCGAAAGCCGGCCAGUCUAUCCUUUGCACUAUCCACCAGCCCUCUGCGAUGCUGUUUCAACGGUUUGAUCGUCUGCUCUUACUUGCGGAGGGAGGCAAGACGGUUUAUUUUGGUGAAAUUGGGGAUAAUUCAUCUACCCUCAUCGAUUACUUUGAGCGCAAUGGCGCCAAACCCUGUUCACCCGGCGCCAACCCGGGCGAGUGGAUGCUAGAGGUCAUCGGUGCCGCACCGGGCAGCUAUUCGGACGUCGACUGGCACGAAACGUGGCGCUCCAGUCCUGAAUACCGCAAUGUCCAGAGAGAACUCGCCCAACUGCGGUCCAAGAGCUCAGCGGCCUCGUUCGCCGAGGGUACCGACGAUUCCGCUUCGUAUGAUGAAUUCGCGACCCCCAUCUGGUACCAGUUCCUCAUAGUAACAAAGCGCGCCUUCCAACACACAUGGCGCACACCGUCAUACAUCUACUCCAAACUCCUGCUCUGCACCGCCACCAGCCUGUUCAUCGGUCUGGUCUUCCUCAGCUCCCCACUAAGCAUCCAGGGCCUACAAAACCAGAUGUUCGCCAUUUUCGAGCUGAUGAGCAUCGUAGGACAGCUGGUCGACCAGCAAUUCCCGCACUUCAUCUCGCAGCGCUCGCUCUACGAGGCCCGCGAGAGACCCGCCAAAACAUACAGCUGGAAAGUGUUCAUGCUCGCCCAAAUCCUGGCCGAGAUCCCCUGGUACACACUCGCGUCGGUCUUUAUGUGGGCGCUGUUUUACUUUCCCGUCGGCUUCUACCACAACGCCACCGCCGCCGAGCAGGGCCCCGAGCGCGGCGCGCUGAUGUGGCUCCUCUUCUGGGUCUUUUUGGUCUGGGUGUCGACGUUCGCGCACCUGUGCAUCUCGUUCGCCGGCUCCGCCGACGACGGCGGCAACAUCGCCAACUUCUGUUUCGUCCUGGCCUUCUUCUUCUGCGGCGUCCUGGCCUCGCCGGACCAAAUGCCCCGCUUCUGGAUCUUUUUGUACCGCGCCUCGCCGCUCUCAUACUACGUCUCGGCUGUCCUCUCGACGGGCCUGGCGAAUGUCAACGUCACCUGUGCCAGUAACGAGUUUACCACGUUCAACCCGCCCGCAGGCCAAUCGUGCGGCGCAUACAUGGCGGAGCAUAUCACUACGGCGGGUGGCUAUCUGCUGGAUGGGAAUGCCACGACCAACUGCCAGUACUGCAAGGUCAAGGAGACGAAUGUGUACCUGGCGGCUAUUCAUGCGGACUAUGGUACCAGGUGGCGCAAAUUUGGUAUCUUGUGGGUGUAUGUUCUUUUUAAUGUUGUGGCGGCGUUGUUCUUGUACUGGGUUGCGAGGGUGCCAAAGCGUAAGAGGCUGGCAGGGUAG